AUGAGCUACAAUCAUCUAUUCAAAAUAGUCGUAGUUGGCGACCACAAUUGUGGCAAGUCAUGCAUAUUACUGCGAUUUUCCGAGAACACAUUCCGAACGGACCACGUCAGUACACUUGGUGUCGAUUUCAAACUAAAAACUAUCAAACUCGGGCGUGAUAAGAUCCGAUUAGAGUUGUGGGACACCGCCGGUAUGGAAAGAUAUAGGACCAUAUAUAAUUCGUACUAUCAUUCAGCACAUGGCGUUAUGUGCGUAUACGAUAUGACAAGCGAGAAGUCAUUUAGUAAUUUGGAGAGCUACUGGCUGAAAGAAAUCCGGAAACAUGCACCACAAAACGCUGUGCUGAUGUUAGUUGGAAACAAGGCCGAUUUGGAGAGCGAACGAAAGGUCGACUUCGGACGAGCUGAAGGACUGGCAACUCGACUUGGAGUGUCGUUGUAUGAGGUUUCCGCUAAAACUGGUAUCAACUGUGAUGAAGCUUUCCAUACAUUAGCUGCUGCAAUGCGUGAAAAAAUCACCGCUUUUAGUAUGCACUCUGAUGAUUCGGAUGAGCACGAGUUUACACUUUUGGAAUUCGAACGUAAACACGAGAAAGUUCAAUCGGAAGAAUUUCAUCAUCAGCAUGAACUCUGA